AUGUCGCUCCGAUCGUCUUCGAGCCGCCUUCUGGCGCGCACUGCCAAGCAGGCCGUCGCUGCUCCGCGCGCACCGGCGCUCGCCACCGCACGCGGUCUCACCACCGCCUCGCGCACCGCCGCCUGGAACGCCGUGGCGACCAAGCCCGCCGCGCAGAAGCUCGUCUCUGCCGUGCGCGCAUUCUCGAGCUCCUCCGCCGCCGCCUCGGACUUUGAGUCGCCAUUCGGCGUCAACUCGCUGAGCAAGUUCACCGAGGAGGAAGAGAUGCUGCGCGAGGCGGUGCAGCGAUUCGCCCAAGACGUCGUCGCCCCGCGCGUCGAGGCGAUGGACGAGGCGGAAAAGAUGGAUCCCGAGAUCAUCAAGGGCCUCUUCGAGCAGGGCCUCAUGGGCGUCGAGACCUCGGCGGACCACGGAGGCGCAGGCUGCUCCUUCACCGCCGCCAUCAUUGUGAUCGAGGAGCUCGCCAAGAUCGACCCGUCCGUGAGUGUGCUGUGCGACGUGCACAACACGCUGGUCAACACGGUGAUCCGCAAGUACGCCAGCAAGCACAUCCAGGACAAGUACCUGCCGCAGCUGAGCGAAAAGUCGCUCGGCUCGUUCUGUCUCUCGGAGCCGGCGUCGGGAUCGGACGCUUUUGCGAUGAAGACGAGCUGCAAAAAGUCCGAGGACGGCAAAACGUGGACGCUGAAUGGAUCCAAGAUGUGGAUCACCAACUCGGCCGAGGCCGAGUUCUUCAUUGUGUUUGCCCAGAGCGACCCCGCCAAGGGAUACAAGGGCAUCAAUGCUUUCGCGGUGGAGAAGAGCAUGGGUGUCGAAAUCGCAAAGAAGGAGAAGAAGCUGGGUAUCCGUGCAUCCAGCACGUGCACGCUCAACUUUGACGACAUCAAGGUACCUGCCGAGAACCUGAUCGGCGAGGAGGGCAAGGGGUACAAGAUUGCCAUCGAGAUCCUCAACGAGGGCCGCGUGGGUAUUGCGGCGCAGAUGAUCGGUCUUGCGCAGGGUGCAGUGGACAAGGCGGUGCGCUACGCGGCCGAGCGCAAGCAGUUCGGCAAAAAGAUCACCCAGUUCCAGGGCAUGCAGUUCCAGAUCUCGCAGAUCAUGAUGGAGAUCGAAGCUGCCAAGGCGCUCACGUACAACGCUGCGCGUCUCAAGGAAGAAGGCCGUCCGUUUACAAAGGAGGCGGCAAUGGCCAAGCUGUUUGCAUCCCAGGUGGCCCAGCGCGCAAGCGGAAGUGCCAUCGAGUGGUGUGGCGGUGUAGGCUUCACGCGCGAGACGGGCAUCGAGAAGUUCUGGCGCGACUCGAAGAUCGGCGCCAUCUACGAGGGCACGAGCAACAUCAUGCUCGAGACCAUCUUUAAGCUCGUCGAGCGCGAGAUGGAUCUCAAGUGA